AUGUCGCAAACGUUGGAGAUCUCUCUCCAGAUGCUGGAUGAGUGGAUUCGGGGGGUGUCAGAGUGCCAGCUCCUCUCGAAACCGGAGGUGGAGAAGUUGUGUGAGAAGGCGAAGGAGAUAUUGGCUGAAGAGUCCAAUGUGCAGCCGAUAAGCUGCCCUGUAACGAUUUGCGGAGAUAUACACGGUCAGUUUCGGGAUUUAAUCGAGUUGUUUAAAAUCGGUGGGACGAUCCCAAAUACAAACUAUAUUUUUAUGGGAGACUUUGUAGAUCGUGGUUUUCACUCUGUUGAAACGAUUACGCUUCUGAUAUUGCUCAAAGUUCGAUAUCCCGAUCGUAUUUGGCUUCUCCGUGGGAACCACGAAGCCCGCCAAGUGAAUAUAUCCUGCGGUUUUUUUGACGAGUGUAUUCGUAAGUAUGGAGAUUCCUCCGUCUGGAAGUGCUUCAACGACCUAUUCGACUAUCUUACUAUUUCUUCCCUUGUUGAGAACGAGGUUUUUGUGGUUCACGGUGGUCUUUCGCCGUCUAUUCAGUCCAUCGACCAGAUCCGAGCGAUUGACCGUGUAGUCGAAGUGGAUUCUAUAUCCUAUAUUGUAUUGUGA